AUGGCAGAGUUAAUGGAGAAAACUAAAUUCUUAUUGCGGGGAGGUGGUUGUAUAACUUCAAAUUAAAUAAGAUCAUAAUAAUAAAUUACAAAUACAACUAAAAAAGAAGAAGAUUAAGAAAUAGACAUUUUCAUCUCUAGAUUCAAUUUCUAUGUUAAACAAAUCUUCACAAAAGCUGCUGUUGCUAUGAAUGAAUAAGAAUCUUAAGAUAUAAUGAUAGCCAUACAAUGGUUUAUUUUUUAAGAAGAAAACAUCUAUAAACUCAACAAGAAUGCUGGGAAGGUCAUGAAAUCCUACGACUUAAUAUUAGAUGGAAUUCGAAAAUUAUUGAAAAGCUGCUUGAUCUACAUCAGAACAGAUUAGUUUAAAUGUUUGUACAUUUUAUAAAUAACAACAUCUCUAUCUAAAGUGAUAUUUAGCUUCCAUAUUAUGAAUGAGGAGAGAUUUAUGAAAUGUUAUUUAAAAAAGGAAUUUCUGGAUAUUACGGAGGAAUUAAAAUAAUAAAUGGAAAUAGAGUUCAAAUACAAAUGGAAAUUUUUCUUUUCCUAACAAGAACUUCUUUCGAAAUAGCUCCAAAUAACAGAGCUGAAUAGGAAGAAAUUGUAAAAGGAUGUUUGAAUGGUAUAAUUACAUCGAUAACACAAAUGAAACCUAGUGCCAAAUUGCUUGAAUCUUUAUUUUAGGGAGUCUGUUUACUUUACAAAAUGUAUUCAGUUUAGAACAAUAGAAAACUAUAUGAAGUUUAUUUUUAAAUUGAUAUGUUGUAAUGGGAGAUAAUUAGCUAUUUUUAAAAUAGCAUAUAAAAAAAUUUAGACGAAAUACUUUUUCAAAUUCAGGAAAUACAUAAAAAUCUUGUGUUAAAUUCAAAUAAUUGGGUAUAUCAUUUUUUGUGGAUUUAAUUAAUUGGAAAGAUCUUAAUUUAUAAUCCUCUUUUAACAAAACCAAAGUUAAAUGAUUUGGUUAGUCGUUACAAUUUUGGAGCCAAUUCAAGGUAAAUUUGGAAAGAAUUUCAGAACAAAGGACUUAUAAUUUAAAUGAACCAUAGCAAAGAUUAGAGUGUCAUUUAACUUCAUUAAUUUAAAAAUAAAUAACUCCUAUAAAUUGAUAGUAUAAUAUUAGAAGACUCCUUCAAAGGAUGGGAGCCCUUCAUAUUGCUUAAGGAUUUCUUACAGAAUGAACAAAAUACACAUUUCACAUUUAGAUCAUACGUUCAAAACAAAUUAAAAGUAAUCAAUAUUGAACCUUAAAAAAAUGAAAAUAUUAUUGUAAUUGGCCAAAUCUAAUAAUUUUUUGACUUCAUUAUUUCAAAUAAAUUACUCAAUGUAAUUAAAGAAAGGUAUGAGAAAUUGGCUGUAGUAAAUGAAACUUCUAGGAAUUUAAUGGAAAACAAUACAAAAUUUAAUGAGAGGAUAUUAUAAGCAGUGUAAAAUUAAUAAAUAAAUCGUAUGAUUCUCAACUUAAAAGAUUAUAUCCAAAAAACUCAAAUUAUCUUUAAACUUAUUGGGCUUUACUAUAGGAAAUAAAAUUUUUAAUAAUUUAAAUAGGAAAAGAUUUUCGAAUUCAAUAAUUUAUAAUAACUAAAAUAUUUGAUGAAAGUGUUAGAAUCAAUUUUAUAAUCAUAAAUAAAAGGAUUUAAAGAUAAGUCAAAUCAUUAAUAGUCUCAAUUGGAAACUGAUGAAAGGGUGCUUAUUUAAAAUGAAUUAAAGAACCUCAAACUAAAAAAUUUGUGGCUUGAUAAUUUGAAAAAUUAAUUUUCUGAUUUAUUGGCUGCAGUUUCUCCUGAUUAAAAAAACUUUUUUAAAGUAGCUUCAACUUUGAUUUAGUUAAUUACAAAUUCUUAGAAACAAUUGGAAAAGAUAGAAAUCACUUAACUUCAAGAAAAUAAUAAUAUUAUAGAAUUCUUUCAAAACUAGUUGAAUAAUCUUUAAAAAGAAUAUGAAGAUAUGAACUAAGAACUUAUAAAUGAGAAUAAUAAAAUCAAGUUAUUUAUUAAGUAAAUUUUCUAAAUCAAAUAAGAAAUUGACGCUUUUUAAAAACCUGAAAAUCUUAAAGAGAUUCAAGGAUUAACAAAUUAUAUACAAAAUUUAAGGUUCAGAUAUCUAAAACUAUACUUAAAAUUAGAAACUACCAAGAAGACAUUCUAAACUAUUUUAGGUUAAACUAGUCCAGAAGAAUUGCAAACUUUAUAAGAAUUUAUAAAUCUUGAUAAAUUUCUUUUUAAGCUAUUGUGUUUUUAACUGUUUAAAAUAAUUAAGAAAGAAAAUGAAAUCAAAUUUAUACUUGAAAAUAAACAAUAUUCUAUUUUUUGA